UUGAUGUCCGUUCCUCGAGAAACAUUAUCCAGACUAGAAAAGUUUUUAGAAAGUGAACCUGAGGGGUUUCCAGAGUUUCCACAAGAGACAAGAGAUGAUUAUGAAGAAGAAACUGCGUCACUGACACCUAUCGUAUCCAUAUUGGGUGAGGUAAGAGACAGUUCUCAGAAUAUUUGUAAACUGGCAGUGGAGUGGAGAUAUCUGCAUCCUCAAAAAGGACAAAAGAUAACGUUAGAAGACGAAGAUUAUGUUCGUAGUUUAGUUCCAGAAGUUUUCGCGGCAUAUCUCUUGAAGAGAAGAAAGCCUGUUCUGGAAGCGGAAGCGGUAUGGAAUACAUUACCAUCGGAAGACGAAAUAUCUGAUAAAGAAGAAUUCGUUGAAGAUAAAGUUGUUGAAGAGUUUGAAGAAAUGGAUGGCGGUUCUCCUAAUUUAGAAGCAGACAGCAGUUGUUUGGAGUCUGAAGAGAGUUCAUAUUCACCUUCUGAAGUUUCCAACUCACGUAGAACCCAUGUCAAAAGAAGUUCUCACAAAGUUUCGGUGAAAAAUAAGGAAUGUAUGGACCACUGCACUUACUGUGGAAAGUCGAAAGAAGAAACUCCUAUGAUGAGAAGAGGACCUAGCGGCAAGACAGAACUAUGCAACGCGUGUGGACUACGAUUUGCCAAAUAUGGCAAACUUUGAAGAGAUAUUUAUAGAAUACUAACUUGGGGUUGAAUGAAGAAGAAAUGGUGGACUUGUGUAUAGGUCUAUAGAGAGUAUAUACAGAAGUACAUCGAUUGGUAGAAAAUAUUUUUAUCAUUGGUCUUGUUGUUCAUUUGUGAUUAGAGUGGUGUAGGAUUCGGUAGGAAAGAUUUAGAUGAGUUGCUUUGAUUUUUUUGAAGGAUAUGUAUGUAGCGCCGCACUAUUUGAAUCAUUUAUGUAGAAUCUCGAUAUUGAUGAAUAAAUGAAUCUCCUUCCCUAGUUUAGAAACUAUUU